GACAUAGUGCUUUCUAAUUAAUCUGUUCCGUCUGCAGAACAGUGGCUCCGGCGUUCGGCCCACCCCAGGCUUAAAAGCUUAUCCGCCGACGUCGUCGCAGCGACUUAUUUACCGCUUUGCUGUCUAGGAAAGCCAUUCCAAACUUGCUACUAUGGCUCUGCAACGACUGCGACAACUUUCUUCGCAUCUGACGGGUGCCCAAGCCACGGGCUUGGCUGCUUUGGAGCAGAAACAUCCUGAUGAUGUGGUCAUAACAAUGGCCAUCCGUUCUCCAUUGACCAAAGCGAAGAAGGGUGCUCUGAAAGACACGAUGACGGACGAACUUUUGCUGGAGAUGUUCAAGCAUGCAAUAGCUCAGUCCCAUGUCGAUCCAAGUAUUGUCGGCGACAUCUGUGUAGGCACGGUGCUCACCCCUGACCCGGUUUAUCAUGCCAGAGAGGCUGCGUUGGCAGCGGGUUUUCCGGAUUCCGUACCAAUUCAAGUCGUCAACCGCUUUUGCUCUUCUGGCCUUAUGGCAACAACCGUCAUCUCAAAUCAAAUCCGCUGUGGUCAGAUCGAGAUUGGACUUGCUGUCGGUGCCGAGUCCAUGACACAAAAUCCUGAUAAAGGCGCUCCUCCUCAGUCUGAGGCUCUUGGGGUAAAUGCUGCUGCUAAGGACUGUCUUUACCCCAUGGGUUGGACCAGCGAGAAUGUUGCUCAAGAUUUUGAUAUCUCGCGGGAGAUUAUGGACGAAUACUCAGCGAAAUCAUAUCAACGGGCUGAACACGCUCAGAACGCCGGUUACUUUGACAAUGAAAUUGUUCCAUUCACUGUUUACGAGAAAGAUCCUACCACUGGCGAACGGAAGAAGAUUGUAGUCACCAAGGACGAUGGCAUCCGUUACGGGACAACGAAAGAGGCACUUUCGAAGAUUCGGUCAGCCUUCCCUCAGUGGGGCAAAUCACGCACAACGGGUGGCAACGCAAGCCAAAUCACUGAUGGCGCAGCAGCCAUCAUGAUGAUGACUCGGCGCAAGGCGGAGGAGCUUGGCCUUCAAAUUCUAGCAAAACAUAUUACUACUGUUGCUACAGGCUGCCCUCCUCGUGUGAUGGGCAUUGGGCCUGUGUUUGCUAUUCCAAUGGCUCUUCAAAAUGCUGGACUGAGCAUAGAAGACGUUGACUUAUAUGAAAUUAACGAAGCAUUUGCUUCGCAAUACGUCUACUGCAUCCGGGAGCUUGGCCUAAAUCCAGAGAAAGUGAAUGUUAACGGAGGUGCCAUAGCCUUUGGCCACCCAUUAGGUUGCACUGGUGCAAGGCAGAUCGUCACAGGAUUAAAUGAGCUCCAUCGGAGAAAAGGAAAAGUAUUGGUCACUUCUAUGUGUAUUGGGACUGGAAUGGGUGCAGCAGCGGUGUUUGUCCGAGAGAUCUGACGAUAAUUGUAUGUAUUUUUGUAUUUACACCAGCAGUUAGCAGCCGUGAUGCCGUUGUCUCAAUUAAAUUUGUGGUCCAAAUAUUAUGCAAAUUCUCUUCA